AUGGGAUCAACUAUAUCUAAAAAUAAAGUAGUUUUAUUAACUUCAAUAGGAGUGGCAGGUUUUUGGUAAAUGUUUAUUGAAUAUUUGGUAGUGCCUAUUAUAUGCAAAAAAGGUCUAAAGAGUAAUAUAAAGUAGAAAAAUUAUUUUGGAAACAUGAUUAAGAUCAAUAUUUAGAUACAAAUGAUCGAUCUAUAGAUUAGAAAUUAGAAACUAACAAUGAUAUCGAAAUUAGAUAUAGUGAUGAUAAUUGUUUAGAGGCUAAUUGUAUUGUUGAGAUAUAUGCCAAAUAAUUAGAUAUUGCAGGAGAAGAUUUUGUUAAAUUGAGUAAGUUGAAUCGGAUUCAGAGAAGAAGAUUGAGGAAAUAAAAUUAAUAAUCAUAUGUUGACAGUAUUGUCUAAUUUAUCAUGGAUGUUGAAGAUAUCUUAGAUUAAGCAUUAAAAUAACUACUAUAUGAAUUAGAUGUACCAAAAGAGAUAUUUGAAGAGAGUGUACUUGUGAGAAUGGAUCAAGGAUAUUUUUAACAAUUAUAUAUGUUGUAAGCUAGUGUAAAGUAAAAGAUCAAAGAAAAAAUUGAAUCAACUAAGAAAUUGAAUUUAAGAUAAAUGAAGGACAUUAUUCAAUUUAGUGUACACAUUCUAAAGAACUUCCCUUAAGAAUAUCAUGUUAUUCUACAUCGAAUUGUAUACUAAAAGAUUAUAGAUAUAGCCUUCAGAAAAUGUGAUGUUGGUGCCAACUCUUAUCAACAUAAUAGUAUAAGAUAUGAUUUAUGCUAAAUUUGGAGUUGAAGAAGAGGAUCAAAUUGCAAGUCUAAAGAAUAUAUAAGGUGAUUAAGAAAUUCAUAAUCUUCUAAAUAGAGUUGAAAUAGAAAUGAGUGGACUUCUAAAAGAAUAAGGAAUUAGAUUGAAUGAUAUCCCUGAGAGUCUAGAAAAUUUUGUUUGA